AUGACCCAAACGGACAACUACUUUGGUCCGCAAUUACCGGGCGUCUUCGACUUUACGAUUCUUUUCGAGCAGAGUAUUCUUUCUUUAUUACCGGCAUGUAUUUUCAUCGUUCUGGCGCCGUUGCGAAUUUCGACACUUGUACAUCGUGAGACUGUCGUUCGAUCACGCAAGCUAUUCUGGUCAAAACAGGUUGCUGUUGCCGUAUUCUUCUGUCUUCAAUUUACCCUCGUAGCGCUAUGGGCAGUACCAUCCACACACAGGACAAAGACGUCCCUUGCGGAAAGCAUAAUCGGCAUCCCGGAAGCGUUGGCGAUUUCCGCGCUAUCCUACGUGGAACACUACAAGUCCAUCAAGCCGUCUAUCCUGCUCAACUUGUAUCUUCUCUUGUCUAUCGUUCUCGAUAUUGCCGCAGCACGAACGUACUUCCUCCGACCUGGUUUUCAAACCAUAGGCGGCGUGUUUGUUGCAUCGCUGGCAGUAAAAGCUAUUUUACUAGCCCUUGAAGAAUCUCCUAAAAAGCUAGUCUUGAAGGAAAAAGAUACGGCCGACGAAACUGCAGCCGGGAUUGUUAGUCGCGGUAUCUUCUGGUGGCUCAAUUCGCUUCUUCUGGUAGGCGCGAGGGCGUUACUCGUAGUCGAUGACAUUGGAACCAUCGAGGACAAAUUUGACUCCGUGAAGCUCCUAGAUCAACUAGAGCGAGUAUGGGACAAUGACCCCAAAACUGGAAAAUGGGCCCUCAUGAAAUGCACCUUCUUAGCAUACCAGUGGCAAUUCUACGUCGGCAUCAUCCCCCGUCUGCUCUUUACAGGCUUCACAUUCGCGCAACCGUUCCUCAUCAACUCGGUCGUCAAUUUUGUCGGCGAGCCGGAGGAGAAGCAGACGACUGAAAUUGCUGGGAGUUUGAUCGGCGCAACUAUCCUCGUGUAUAUCGGUAUUGCGGUCUGCAACGCCAUGUAUCACCACAUGACAUAUCAGCUGCUGACCAUGUACCGCGGCGGACUCGCUUCAUUGGUAUUUAAAAAGACGCUGCGACUGGAAGCAGCUUCGAUUAAGGAUUCCGCACCGGUUACACUGAUGAGUACGGAUAUUGAGUCGAUUGUCAUGUCUGGGGAUGCUAUCCAUGAUAUUUGGGCUAGUUUCAUUGAGAUCCCUGUGGCUAUUUUCUUGCUGUAUAGGAAUGUUGGGAUCCCAAGUUUAUUCAUUCUUAUACCUGCUUUCUUUACAUCUGCUGCUGGGGCGUUGAUCUCUCCGGCCAUGGGACCUGCGCGGGUGCAAUGGAACAAGGCUAUUCAGGAGCGUGUUGGUUCCGUGUCGACAAUGUUGAGUCAAAUAAAGGGUGUUAAGAUGAUGGGGUUGACGGACUUUUUUCACAAUUCGUUGCAUGCAUUGCGAAUCCAUGAGCUCAAAUUGUCGGUCAAGUUUCGAUGGAUCUUGGUGCAGUUAAAUUCUUUUGCAAUGGCAUCGGAGGAUCUGACUCCCGUCAUUGUCAUCAUCGCCGCUAUCUUCUGGACCAAGGCCGACCAAGGACUCACCAUCGCCGAAGCAUUCACGUCCCUGUCAAUCAUCAGCAUUGCAGCAACACCGCUUGUCAAUAUCCUCAUUUCAAUUGUGCAGCUGUUCGGCGCAAUUGGCUGCUUCUCAAGACUACAGGCAUUUCUGAUCAUGGAUGAAAGAAAGGAUCUGCGAGAAAUGGCCCCGUCGCCGACCUCUUCAGUGCCGUCUACUUCGUACCGAUCUUCCGUUGCGUUUUCUAGAGGAUCAAAAGACGCGUCUGCACCAUCAAACUUCGAGCUCACUUCCUUCAAGGAAACCCAACCACCCCUGGAUACCUCGAUUCCCGCGGUUGCCGUUGAAAGCGCAACUUUUACAGUGGGAGACCACAUCGAAGUCCUUUCCGACAUCAGUAUGAUCUUCCCACAGGGCACCCUAUCCAUGGUUGUCGGUCGAGUAGGCUGUGGUAAAUCGUCUUUACUUAAGGCCAUCGCAGGCGAACUUGUCAUGACAAAGGGGCGAAUUGUCACCAACGUUUCGUCCAUGGCGUAUUGUGACCAGACGCCCUGGCUGCAGAAUUGUUCUAUCCGAGAUAAUAUCGUUGCUCAAUCCCCUCUCGAUGAGAAGUGGCUGUACGCCGUCAUAGACGCUUGUGCGUUAUACGAGGAUAUCUCCAUGUUCCCAUUGCGAGAUCUCACCAUUGUUGGAUCCGGAGGUGUAGCAUUAAGUGGUGGACAGAAGCAACGAGUCGCCCUUGCUCGAGCGGUUUACUCUCGCCGCAGUCUUCUUCUCCUCGACGAUGUGUUCAGCGGUUUAGACAGCACGACGUCCAAGACCGUCUUCCAACGAGUGUUUGGCCCAGACGGCAUACUUCGAAAGUUGAAUGCCACCGUCAUCAUGAGCACCAACCAUGUCAACUUCCUCCCCGCAGCCGACCACAUCACCAUGUUGGCCGACAAGACCACCACCCGGAAUCAAGUCCGCUUCGACUCCGUCGACCCCUCUGAAUGGGGCAUUUUUGAAAGCGACACAGACAGCGCUACUACUAUUUCUGAGUCCGACGAAACGGCGUUGGAAAAGGCCGCGGUGCAGGCGUCCCGGGAGGCAGCUGCCAAUCCGGCCCGGAAGACGGAGGCGGAUCUGAGUCGCCAGACCGGCGAUUUUGACUGCUAUAGGAUAUAUGUGCGGUCGUUGGGCAAGAUGGCUAUUUCGAUGUUGUUGAUUGGUAGUGUUUUGCAUACAGCAAUGGUCAAGAUGCCACAGGUUUGGCUGAAGCUGUGGACGCAGAGUGGUACUGGGUCCAGAGAUUACGGAUAUAUGGGUGGUUAUAUUGGUUUUGCGCUUGCUUCGACGAUAUUCGGAGCUCUGAAUAUUGGAUACUACGCUCUUGUUGGAGUUCCCAAGUCGGCGAUCCGACUCCACGAAAUGCUUCUCAAAUCCGUCGUCCGGGCACCAUUCUACUUCUUCACCAGCACAGACAGUGGCAUCACACUCAACCGAUUCAGCCAAGACAUGACGCUCAUCGACAACGCCCUCCCCAUGGCCUUUAUCAACGUCACCAUGCUAUCCCUCCGCGCCCUCGCAGAAACAGGCCUCAUCGCCUCGGGAGCAUCCUACGUCGCCGCCACCAUCCCCAUCUGCCUCCUCGCCUUGUACUUCAUCCAGAAAUACUACCUCCGCACCUCCCGCCAAAUCCGAUUCCUCGACCUCGAAAUGAAGUCCCCCCUGUACACGCAAUUCACCGAAACCCUCGCCGGCCUCUCCACGAUCCGCUCCUUCGGCUGGGCCAGCGCCUUCCUGCGCGACAACCACCGCCGCCUGGACACCUCCCAGAAGCCGUUCUACACCAUGUUCUGCAUCCAGCGCUGGCUUCAGGUCGUACUGGACUUGUUCGUCGCGGGGAUGGCGCUUGUGCUGGUUUCGGUGGCGCUGAAUAUUCCCGAUCAUACUACCAAGGGAGCGGUUGGGUUGGCCAUGGUGAAUCUGAUUGGGUUUAACCAGACGUUGACCAUGGUUAUUGAUCAGUGGACGAGGCUGGAGACGUCGCUGGGCGCGAUUGCGCGAUUGAAGUGGUUUAUGAGGAAUACGCCUGAUGAGAAUAGGGAGUGUGAGAGGGAUGUGCCGAGUGAGGAGUGGCCGAUGAGAGGAGACAUUGAGUUGGAGAAUGUGGUUGCUUCUUAUAGUGAUGAAACCGACCCCGUUCUAAAGGGCGUAUCUCUCAAGAUCAAGGCCGGUCAAAAGGUUGGCAUAUGUGGCCGGUCCGGAAGCGGAAAAUCAUCUCUCAUCCUAACCCUCUCCCGCCUCUUGGACAUCCAAUCCGGCACCAUAGAAAUCGACAACGAGGAUCUAUCCCUCCUCCCCCGACAACUCAUCCGCUCACGGCUCACGGCCCUCCCCCAAGACGCAAUCAAGCUCCGCGGCACGGUGCGGCACAAUCUCGACCCCCAAUCCACCAUCCAGGCAGACCAGCCGCUCGAAGACGUUCUCCGCAAGACAUCCAUAUGGGAGACGAUCGCUCACAGGGGCGGCCUAGACGCCGACAUGGACGAGCUGGGCUUGUCGGCGGGCCAGCUACAGCUAUUUUGUUUGGCGCGAGCGUUGCUAUCACACCGGGCGGUGGUAUUACUAGACGAAGCGACGAGUAGUAUCGAUCUAAGGACGGACGAUGAAGUACGGAGGGUAAUUCGGGAGGAGAUGAAGGGCAAGACGGUCAUUGAAGUGGCGCAUAGGUUGGAGGUUGUAAGGGAGUGUGACGUGGUCGUUGUCAUGGGCGAGGGUAAGGUGAUUGAGACUGGUGAACCGGAGGUGUUGCUGAGGAGGGAAGGGAGUGCAUUCAAGGCGUUGUGGGAGAGUCAGGGACUGUAA